GCUCUCCAUGAGUCUGCGCUGGAGAAGAAAGCUUUGGGAUUUGGUGAGAUUCCUUUGGAGCCAGACAAUGAGAGGCAAGUGGCAGAGGCUGAGGACAUUACGGACCAGAUGCUGAAGCCUCCGGAGGAGACCAAACCUUCGCUGCCCUAUGCCAAAGUCCGCUUGCUGAAGGGUGCCUUGAAUUCUUUCCAAGCUUGGCAAGCCAAAUCUUCCAAAUGCAUGGGCGUGAUUCUUGGACGCCAAGCCGGUGCCAACUUUGAUGGUCUCAAAAUCAUCGUAUCAUGUGACCACUCUUUGACUGAGUUGGUGGGGCAUGAGAAGGUGGUGCAGCUUUGCCAACAAGAGAAGCUGGUUCCUUGUGGUCUGAUCUUGGGGGAGGACAAAAACAGGCCCGAGAUUGAAACCCUGUUGGACAACAUGGUCACCAAAGCACCAGCUGCCGUUUGCAUCUUCGUCAACAUCACGUGCUAUGGAGACAUCAGCCUGUUUCAAACAGAGCCUCAACUGGAAGCUUUUGCGGGCAGGACUCCAACCUUUGCGCGUGCUCCGAAGGAUCUGCUCGGCAACCUCACUUGGCUGAACGAUUUGUUUGUGACCAACAAGGAGAGGUUGAAGGGCAAGGUGGAAGAUGCUAUCAUCCGUUCAGCCCUGAAAGAACCUUGUCGGGAGAAAACAACGUCUAUCAAGAGACCUGUGGCCUACAAGCAAAUCCAUGUGGCUGGUGAUGGUCGGUGUGGAUGGCGCGCCAUCAAGGCAUUUGAAGACAUCAAGCG